CCAUCUAUCCAGAAUUUUGGUCGUCCGACAUUGAAAGGGCCACGUCCCGCCAGCGGCGUCCGAUUCAAAUAAACAGGCUCAACACAUGGGUCAUGGGGGACAUUUCACUCUCCGAUUCCCCAGAGGCUCUGGCAGCCCAAAUUGCCGCUCUCAAAAGCAGUUCUACCAGUCUGCGUACUGAGGCUCUACGGAAAUUGUUGCACGAGAUUCAAGGCUCGGACAACGAAACAACGUCCCCGGACACAUUAAAGAUACUACCUAUACUUCUUGCGACCUACCCGCGUUACGUUGACCGGAAAUCCCGUCGCGCAGUUCAGUUAUGCCUCCGAGCCUAUCUUCGUAUCCCGACUUCAGCUGACACUACCUACCCUGCUGUCAUCAACUUUUUGCUGCAAGAGAGUCAGAAGUCUGGAAUCGCCUCCACAAAUGCCUUUGUACUACUGGAAUGGGGUUGCAUUGCCCAGCAAGAAAGUCUACAUAACAAGAAAGCAUUCGACUUGUUAUUCGGGAAGAUAUGCGUGGCUUCUGCUCGACUUGUCGACAAAUGUGAGGAUCAAGAUGUCCGCGGUGGAGUACAGCAUUCUGCCGUCACAGUGGCCAGAAGAGGAUUGCGGGAUGUCUUCAAAAAUGAAAAGUUCGGAGAGCCAGCUCUCGAGCUCGCUCUCAAGAAUGUCGUUUGUGCACCUGAUGCGACUGCAAGCUACGCACCAUACGUGGGAAUCAUUGCAGGUGUGAGCUCCCGCAUACCGGAACGGCAUGCGCAGCUCCAAUCCUCGAGCAAGCAGAUACUCGACUUCUAUGUUAAAACUGUCAUUGGCUCCAAAACCCCUGUGCCCGCACACGAAGCUCUGGGAAUUCGCGACUUCUUCAUGGAAUAUGUCACACUGAAAGACAUGAGCGAAGCAGUGGUACCUGCUAUUGAAAAGGCUAUACUUCGGUCUCCUGAAGCCAUUCUUCAGGGCCCAGUCGAAGCGCUUGCUUCGUAUCUCCCCGAGAAGGUAGAUAUCUCAGAUCUCCUUGCAUCGAAACUCGUCAAACCUCUCAUUUCCGCCAUGAAUUCUACCAAUGCCACCAUUCGUGAAGGUGCUGGAAAAGCGUUAUUGGCGCUGGUGAGAAGAGGUGGGAAUGCUGAUGCACUCCACAAAAUGGCUGUGGAGCUGUCAGCAGCUCUGAAGUCCUCAAAGGCUGCAAGUUUCGAAAUGCGCGGAAUUAUUUCUGAAGUUCUUGAAAUCGUGCCUAGAGAGGUUAAAACUUCACCCGUCAUUGCGCAGGCUCUCACAGUUGCGGCGGCUAAGGAAGCGAAUGAAGGUGCUCUGAGGAAAGAACUCACAGCAGUUGUUCCCCAUCUGCAAGCUAUCCUAGCGUUAUCGGCAAUUGACAAGGCCUUGUCUGAGCCCAUCCUGAAAGGUUGCACUGAGAAACGCCUUAAUUUUCGCAAAUCUUGGCUUCUGUUCAUCUCCAAUGUGCUCAGGGGACUGGAAAAUGCUCCCUCAGAUAGCACCUCGCAAGAAUUUGUCCACGCAGCCUUAAAGGCAUUGAAAGAUGUUCAUGGGGAGAUUGCUCCUAACCCAAUGCCUGCAGUCCAAAAUGGCUACGUUGCAGCAGCAUUCGGCCUACCUGCACUGCUAGACUCGCCACUUCUGCGGACGGACGCGUACAAGUCAAAAUCUUACGAUGAUCUAAGACGACAUCUACUCGAUACUGAGCCGAAGAUUUCACUGUUACUGAAUCCCAAGGUCUACAUGAGACUCACCUCCAUCGAGGAGAAUCGCUGGGCUCUAGCUGCUCUUGUUACUGCAGCUUCAGAGCUCGAGAACGCCUCGGGAGACGCAAAGACAGCCUGGGCCAGGGCAAUUCUACACUUGUUGCUCACGCCAGAAGUUGACUCCAAUGUGCGUAAAGAGACCGCAGCUGCGCUAUCAAAAGCGUAUCUCGACAAGCCCGCUUCUGUUGGACAAAGCGUCGUGUUGGGUAUCUGGGACGUACUCAAAUCUCGUUCAACGGAUCUAAUCAUUAAAUAUGAAGAGGAUGUGCCCUUGAGUGAUAAUCGAAUACUUCAAGCUAUCAAAUGCAUAUCUCCGACCAAAGACAAGACCCUAGGGCAGAACGUUUCGCGGAGAAUCUUGGAACAGCAAUCAAUAUCCACAACUGUCCUGCUCCGCCCGGAGUUGAUCGCAAAGGCAGACUGGAUCACAACCUGUCUUGGCAUUGGCGUUGACCCUGGCAAGUUGGUUGAGCAACAUCAGGAUGCUGUGUUUGCGGAACUCCUUUCACAUUUCAUAGGAACUCAAUUUGCACCUCUGAAUGUUUUCGAAAUUGCUGCGUGCAAUGCUGCAGCUACGCUAGCUUUUGUGGCUCCGGAGACAUUUACCCCGGCAUUGAUCCAACAGUUCCGUCAAGAUCUCGCUACCAUAGAUCUUGAAAAUACUGGUCCUACAGAAGCGCUGAUAGCCCGGUCUCCGGAAGGAGCCUUGGUUGUAGACGUUCUUGGUCAGCAAACAAAUGCUGUCUUGGACAAUAAGAAUCAGAAGGAUUACGAUGUACUAAAGUGGGAAGAGGAGAUACGUCAACAAUUAGCCAAGAAGAAAGGUGCUCCUCAGAAAAAGCUGACUCCAGAUCAACAAGCAAAAGUCGAUGCUCAGCUUUCUCACGAAAAGACCGUCCGAAACAAGCUGAGAUCCGUCUCUUACAGAAUCAGAAGAGGUGCAAAAUUCAUCGAAGGUCUUGCUCGCGGUCCACCAACUGAUGCACGGCUCUGGAUGUCUCCAGCUAUUAUUACUCUGACACGUGCUCUUGAAGCUGGAGCGUCUCUUAUCGUGGACGAUGAACUUGUUACCGCCUAUCUCGCCUGCUCUACCAAAGUCUCGGAUCGAUUAGGAUCACUGCGCCAAUUCAUCGGCGUAGCAACGCUCAGAUCUCUUCGAACCUCUAAUGUUCCAGAGCAUCUUUGUGUAGAACCUCUUGCGGAAUUAGGUACAAGGGUACUAUACAGACUGAGAUUUGCGGCAGAGCAACGCCCUUUUGACACUGCAAGCACCGCUUACGCUCUGCCACUUAUUUUCCAAGUCUUGGAGAAUGGUCGGGUUGGCGAAGUCGCAGGAGAAGAUGCUGACGCACAGGUUCUGCUUGCAUUGGAAUUUCUAUCAUUCCAGAUGGGUUCCGGAGCUGAUGAGCAACUUCCUCGGGCCGAUAUCCUACGCCAUCUUAUCAAAGCCAUGCAGACAUAUAACCAGCACUACCGGAUUAUUAAAGACUGCCUCUUUGAUUUCUGUCGAUCAAUUUCGGACAACCUGACUGGAGAAGAAAGAGAUAUCCUUCUCUCAUCAGUGACAUUACCUCAAUCUUCUGUCCGUGCUGCUCUUCUACAAGCAAUACAGUCAGAAAUUGAUCUGUCUGAUAUCGAUUACUCGGUUCACAUCUGGAUCUCGUGUCAAGACGAAGAAGAUGAAAACGCAGACACAGCUCUGACUAUCUGGCAAGAACACGAUUUUGGGAUAACCGAGGUCAUGAUCGAUCAAAUACCUCCAUUCUUAUCCUCUACCGCACGGUCAACAAGACUUGCAGCUUCGAAAGCGCUGGCACAAGCACUCCUGCAAGCACCUUCCAAGACAGAGACCGUACUAAAUGGUCUAGAGGAGUCCUACCGCGUUGAAGCGCAACCAUUGGUGCCAAAACGUGACAAGUUCGGAAUAGUCCAACGGGGAGAGCUAGUUGAUCAAUGGGAACGACGAAGCGGAAUUGCUCUGGCCUUCAAAGAGCUCAGUACUGUACUCGAUAAAAGCGCACUUAUCCCUUUUAUGCAAUUCAUGGUAUCUGAGGGCGCACUUGCUGACCGUCACCCUACUGUGCGUACUGAAAUGGUCGAUGCUGGUACUGCCCUUGUUGCUGCACGAGGUAAAGAGUGCUUAGAACCAUUGAUGCAUAUCUUUGAAGACGUGUUGCAAGGCCCAGAUAAAGCAACGCAAGAAGCAGACUGGGUCAACGAAGCUGUCAUCGUUCUGUACGGCUCGCUGGCACGACAUCUUCCUGAUGGUGACAAACGAACUCAAAAUGUCAUACAAAAGCUCCUGGAGACACUCAGCACGCCAUCGGAGUCUGUUCAGUACGCCGUCGCAAAUUGCUUGCCCCCCCUGGUCCGACCGAGUGCUGUCGAUGCAGGUCCUUACAUAAUUGCCUUGCUCGACACUCUCUUGAACUCUAAGAAGUAUGCAGCACGCAGAGGCGCCGCCUAUGGUCUGGCUGGUGUCGUAAAGGGCAAGGGUGUAGUGGCUCUGCGACAGCAUAGAGUAAUGUCUACACUCCGGAGUGCAUCAGAGAACAAGAAAAGCCCCGAUCAACGUCAAGGUGCAAUGAUGGCUUUUGAGCUUAUGUCACUGCUCCUUGGACGUACUUUCGAGCCCUAUGUGAUCGAAGUGCUUCCUCAAAUGUUGACCUGCUUCGGCGAUCCUGCAGCCUCUGUGCGUGAAGCCACUCUAGAUACAGCAAAGACGUGCUUUGCCAGUUUGAGCUCUUUCGGAGUCCGGCGCGUACUGCCUCAACUGUUGGAUGGUUUGGACGAGACGCAAUGGCGAAGCAAAAAGGGAGCGUGCGACUUGCUUGGUGCAAUGGCAUACCUCGAUCCUCAGCAGUUGGCCACAAGUCUACCUGAGAUCAUUCCGCCCCUAACGGCAGUAUUGACAGACAGCCACAAAGAAGUACGCGCUGCCGCCAACAGCAGCUUAAAGAGAUUUGGUGAGGUCAUUACUAAUCCUGAAGUCAAGAGCCUUGUCGAUGUGUUGCUCAAAGCCCUCAGUGACCCCACUAAGUAUACAGAGGAGGCACUGGACGGCCUUAUCAAGGUCUCUUUCAUCCACUACAUUGACUCGCCAUCAUUGGCUCUUGUGGUGAGGAUUCUCGAACGAGGCUUGAAUGACCGCUCUGCAACUAAACGGAAAGCGGCCCAAAUCAUUGGCAGUCUUGCUCAUCUUACGGAGAAACGGGAUAUUGUUACACACCUACCAGUCCUUGUAACAGGUCUACGCCUCGCUUCUAUCGACCCCGUUCCAGCAACAAGAGCAACUGGUGCUAAAGCUUUGGGAAGUUUGGUCGAGAAGCUGGGUGAAGAUGCUUUCCCUGAUCUCAUACCUAGUCUCAUGUCCUCACUACGCACUGAUACUGGCGCAAGUGAUCGCCUUGGAUCUGCCCAAGCCCUCAGCGAAGUUCUUGCUGGACUUGGAACAGCUCGUCUGGAAGAGACGCUUCCAACAAUCCUACAGAAUGUGGCAAGUCCAAGAGCGACAGUGAGAGAAGGCUUCAUGACACUCUUUAUAUUCUUACCAGCAUGCUUCGGCAACAGCUUUGCCAAUUAUCUGGCGCAAAUCAUACCAUCCAUCCUGGCUGGGUUGGCUGAUGAUAUCGAGGCCAUCCGUGAAACUUCCCUUCGAGCAGGCAGAUUGCUGGUUAAGAACUUCGCAAGCAAGUCUAUUGACCUCCUGCUGCCAGAGCUUCAACGUGGAUUGGCUGAUGACAGCUACCGUAUCCGUCUCAGCUCAGUCGAAUUGGUCGGCGAUCUUCUGUUCAAUCUUACUGGCAUUACAGGCCAGACAGACGCAGAGGAAGAAGACGAAAAGGCAACGCAAGCUGGCCAAUCUCUUCUCGAGGUUUUGGGAGAAGAAAGACGCAACAGAGUACUGUCUUCUCUGUACAUUUGCAGAUGCGAUACUUCCGGCCAAGUUCGGGCUGCUGCUAUCGCUGUUUGGAAGGCUCUUGUUGCUACACCGAGGACACUGCGCGAAUUGGUGCCGACUCUCACCCAAAUCAUCAUUGCUCGUCUAGCUUCCUCGAACAUGGAACAUAAAGUCAUCGCCGCGAACACUCUCGGAGAGGUUAUUCGCAAAGCUGGCGAAGGCGUCCUCGGGUCACUGUUACCAUCACUCGAAGAAGGUCUGCAGAGUUCAACAGAUGCUGACAAGAGACAAGGCAUUUGUAUUGCUCUGCGUGAAAUUGUCAAUGCUGCUUCGCCAGAUUCCCUCGAAGAACAUGAGAAGAAAUUGAUCGCUAUUGUUCGACUCGCCUUGACUGACUCUGACCCAGAAGUUCGCGAGGCUGCUGCAGAGUCAUUUGACUCUUUGCAACAAACGUUUGGCAAACGAGCCGUUGAUCAGGUUCUACCCCAUCUCCUCAACCUGCUUCGCAGCGAUGGGGAAGCCGAACAUGCUCUCUCUGCCUUGCUCACCCUGCUUACCGAGGCAACAAGAGCCAAUGUCAUUCUACCGAACCUGAUACCCACACUCUUGACCAACCCAAUCACCGCUUUCAAUGCUCGAGCACUUGCCUCGUUGGCCAAGGUUGGCGGUGGCAGCAUGACUCGCAGGUUGCCCGCCAUCCUCAAUAGUCUGGCAGACAAUAUAGUCACGUGCAAGGAUGAAGAAGUCUUGGAGGAACUGAACGAGGCAUUUGAUGCCGUCUUUUCGUCGGUGGAUGAGUAUGACGGUCUGAAUACUGCAAUGAGCGUUAUGCUAGUGAUGAUCAAGCACGACGAUCAUCGCAGACGAGCAGUGGCAGCUUCUCAUCUCGCCUCGUUCUUUGCAACUGCUGCGGUCGACUACUCUCGGUACAACCAAGACCUCAUCCGAGUUCUCGUCAUUUCAUUUGGCGACAGAGAUCAAGCUGUUGUCAAGGCCGCUUGGUCCGCACUCAGCCAGUUACAAUCUCAUCUUCGCAAAGAAGAGAUGGAGACUCUUGUCGGCUCAACACGGCAGGUCCUGCAACAAGCUGGCACUGCUGGCUCUGUCCUCCCUGGCUUCGCCCUUCCAAAGGGCAUUUUGCCUGUCCUACAAAUAUUCUUGCAAGGGUUGAUGAACGGCACUACCGACCAACGGGUCCAGUCCGCCAUGGGCAUCUCCGACAUCAUCGACCGUAGCGGGCCAGACUCCCUGAAGCCAUUCGUGACCCAGAUCACAGGUCCACUUAUCCGUGUGGUUGGCGAACGAUCGAUGGACGUCAAGUGUGCCAUCCUUUCUACCCUGAACCAGCUACUCGAGAAGAUACCAACAUUCUUGCGACCGUUCCUCCCUCAGUUGCAGAGAACAUUCACAAAGUCCAUUGCCGACCCGACAAGCGAUGUACUCCGGAUGCGGGCCACCAAAGCCCUCAGUACGCUCAUCACGCUGACGCCUCGAGUCGACCCCUUGAUUGCCGAGUUGGUCACGGGAGCCAAAACUCCGGAGGCUGGUGUUCGCAACGCCAUGCUCAAAGCUCUACAGGAGGUCGUCAGCAAAGUCGGGUCGAACAUGAGCGACGCCUCGCGCGAGUCUAUCCUUGGCCUGAUGGAUGCACAAGUCGAAGGGCACGACGACAACAUGAUGGUCACCAACGCGCGACUCCUGGGAGCCAUGAUCAAGGUUCUCCCCGAGGAGAAGGCCGGGCCGCUGGUCAAAUCCCGCAUCCUGGUCCAACCGUCGACCAAUGCGUCGAUCCUCGCCCUCAACGCCGUCUUGCUCGAGAGCCCGACCACGAUCCUGUCGGCGCACGCCGAGGAGGCGAGAAGCGUUCUCGUCUCCGGGUUGUCCGGCAAAAGCACCUUUGUGCAGCAGAAUGCCGUGCUCGCGCUGGGCAAGUACCUCCUGGCCGAGUCGACCGUCGCCGACGAGGAAGCGUGCCGGCCCCUCGUCGAGGCGCUCGCGUCCGUGGUGGCCCCGGGGGCGGACAUUGAUUCGCGCCGCCUGGCCCUGGUCGUCGUGCGGACGGUGGCCAGGCACCACCCCGACGAGGCGCGCGCCUUCCUGGGGGCGCUGGUCCCGCCGGUGUUUGCGUGCGUGCGCGACCCCGUCAUCCCCGUCAAGCUCGCGGCCGAGGCGGCGUUCCUGGAACUCUUCGGCGUCGUCGACGAGGAGUCCGCCGUGUGGGAACGGUACGUGGCCGGCCCGGGCAAGGCGUUGUCCCCCGGGCAGGCGCGGCCCAUGGGCGACUACUUCAAGCGCGUGGCGCUCAGGCUGGGCGCGCAGGCCCGGGAGCGACGCGAGGCCGAGGGCGGCGCCGGCGGGCUCGGCCUGAGUUCCGACGAGCAAGAGGACGAGCGGGAGGUGUGGAGCGUCGGGCGUGUGGAUCUCGGUGAGGGAGGCGGCGACGACGAAUAGGGUCCAAGGCACGGCGUUGUUGUAGGGGGCGUAGGUAAAUGGAGGGCUUUAUGGAUGGCUGUCGAUUAGAAUCUCUUCGAGAAACAGAAGAAAGGGGGGGGGAAAUGGCCAAAUGGUCUUGUCACGAGCGCGAGAAAAGCUUGUAAUACAGGCACACACAGCAUAGCG